AUGGACCAUAAUUCCACGAUUUCAAUUUUUGAUAGGAAAUAUAAUACUGGUGAUCAAUUUUCGUUAAUAUUGAACAAGUUUCAAACGUUUCAAGUUGGACACCCAGCAGAUUUGUCAGGAACAACUAUAAAUUCUUCUCAUCCAAUUGCGGUCUUUGCAGGAAACAAAUGUAAUAGAAUUGGGUAUCAUGGAACAUGUAGCAUGCUUAUGGAAAUGGUUCCGCCAAUAGACGAAUUUGAUAGGAUUUUUAUAGUUCCACCAAACGUUAACAGAUACCAAUCAGUUGUACGAAUUGUAUCAGCCAUUCAAACGAAAGUUACCUACUCCGUCGAAGGGAUCAACACAACUACCACUCUGUUGAAAAAUCGAAUAACGGACUUCAUCAUUCGAGAAAAUGAAAUAGGAUACAUAGAAUCCACUGAGCCUGUAUUAGUUAAUGUUUUUGCCACUGGUUCACCGGAUUCUAGAGUCCAUGGUGAUCCGUACAUGACAGUAGUAUCUGGAAUCAAUCAGUACCUCAAUCAAUAUAUCGUUGUUGUGCCGGAAGGAUACAGUCUGAGUUUGGCCACUUUCAUUGUCAGGAAUGAGUCUCUAAGCAACCUCCAAAUUAAUAGGACGGAUGUAUACGAGUACUUCAAAGUUUUCCAAUCCACUGUUUUUGUAAGAACAACUUUUUAUAGCGUUUUGACAAUAAAUGUCCCAAGUGGCGUGAUUCAAGUGGAAACGAAAGACGAUUCGCCGUUCGGAAUGUUUGUCUACGGACAUCGUAGCCAUGAUGGCCACGGUUAUGCUGCAAAUGCUCUGUUAACAAGAAUUUGUAGUAAUUAGAAAUGAGUGGAUAAUAUACAAACAAGAUGUUUCAACAUUUCUUUCGUCAAAUUCGAAGGAAUUGUACUGUGAAAAGUUUCAUAACCCAACAAACUACUCAAUAUUGCAUUAGUUUACUUAACGUAAGGUUUUUGAAACUUAAAUAAAAUGUAAAAUGAUU